AUGUCGGAAAACACAAGCCUCGACUCCCAACAGGUUGACUCGGCACCCUGGUCUCCCUUGCAGGCCCUUCGGGAUCUGGACUUCCUCAAGCUCGAGUUUAAGCUCGUCUUCAGCGCCCUAGCAAUCAUCUACGUCGGCGCCCACGCCUCGCUGCGCCGUCCGCCGUCCGCCGCGCCCGCGACGCGCCAGGGUAAGACGAGGAAGACAAGGACGGGGGACGAGAGCGAAGAUGAUGAUGACGACGACGACGAUAAACCCCUCACCCAGGGGAUGGAGCUGGGCGACGCCAUCAUGUUCCCCGUCCUGGCCGGCAUCGUCCUUAUGGGGCUGUACUACCUGAUCCAGUGGCUCAAGGACCCGGAGAUCAUCAACACCGUCCUGCGAUGGUACAUGUCCACCAUGUCUACCUUCAGCAUGCUGACCCUGUACUCGCACGGCAUCUCGCUUGCCGUGUCCGUCGUGUUCCCGCGGUACUGGAGGGGCAGGGACGGUGUACUGCGCGCCGCACGCCAGAAUACACGGACCGUCGUCGCCUGCGAUGCCGUGGGGAACCGAGUCGGCCAGCAGCAGGAGAGGGGGGGUGGCAACGGCGGCGAUGGCCAUGGUCGCGGUGCGUCGUCCGCCCCUGCGUCCGAAGACAACCCGUUUCCCGGACCUCUGUCGGUGCUGGCUCGGUCGUCGAGCGCUCGCAAGGCCGCCUGGGAACUGAGGGACGUGCUCACCCGCUCGUGGAUCUUCAAGGCCUACAUCCACGGCGUGGCGAAGGAGAAGACGCGCAUAAACUUCUCCCACAUGAUCGCCCUGGUGGCUGCCCCAGCUACCGCCCUCGUCUACUCGUCUACCGUGUCACCCUUUCUGUCAAACAUGAUGGGGUACGCCAUGUGUUACGGCACAUUUCUCAUCCUUUCUCCUACUGAUCUGCUCAUUGGGUCGCUGGUCCUGUGUGGACUGUUCUUCUACGACAUCAUCAUGGUCUUUUACACCCCCUACAUGGUCACAGUGGCCACCACGCUCGAAGUCCCCAUAAAGUUGACUUUCGAGGCAGCCGGGCGCAGGAGCAUACUCGGCCUAGGCGACAUUGUCCUGCCAGGCAUCGUCAUGGCCUGGGCCCUCAGACUAGACCUCUGGCUGCACUACCAGCGUAAGGUCAGGUACGAGGCCACGGAGCUGACCAUAGUGGAAAGGGACGCCGUCACGGGUGCCGUUCGGACGCGCGCCGAGACCAAGCACCGCGAGGUGAAGGCGCCCUAUGUAAACGUUCAGGGAACAUGGGGCGAUCGUCUCUGGUCCAGGUCCAUGUUCAUAUUCGGGCGGCAGCAGCAGCAGCAGCUCCCCGUUGAGCUCGAGGCCGCCCGCUUCCCCAAGACGUACUUCCACGCCACGCUGGCGGGGUACACGCUCGGCAUGGCGGUGACUCUGUGCAUGCUGCUCGUGUUUCGGAGGGGUCAGCCCGCACUGCUGUACCUGGUCCCCGGUGUCCUGGGAUCCGUGUACCUCACCGCUCUUGUGCGCGGCGAGAUGAAGCAGGUGUGGAGCUACACCGAGGACGGGAGCAUUGAUAAGAAGGAUGUUGUCGUCGAGGUUGACGCCGAUGGGAACCCCAUAAAGAGGCUCGGAAGAUCAAGGAAUGGUGUUCUCGACACGACAAAUGACGAGGAUAAGUCCAAAGAUGGAAGGCCAAACAAGGAUGACGAUGGUGAAGAUGAUGAUAUGAAGAAGAAGGAGAAGAAGAAUGAGGAUGACGAGAAGAAGAAGAAGAAGAAGGAGAGAAAGGCCGGUGGUGGACACAAGGUGUUUUAUCUGUCCUUGGAGGAAGCCCCGGCAGAGACCUAA